AUCGGUUGUCAAAUGUCGGGUUUUACAUUACCUAUAUUAAAUAUUUAUUGUGGUUUUAUGUUUAUUCAAUGAAAGAUCGGAUUUUACAUAUCCCGGUACUGUCUACGUAAUCGGUUGCUCCCUGGUCUCCCUCCCUCUCUUCUAUGGAGAGCCUUUCUUCUUCUGCUCCGCCUGCCCAAGAAUCCAACACCACCGCCAAUUCAAAUCCGACGGUGGAGAGUCUUCCGUUCUCAGAACCGUUUGAAAACGGAAACCUAAUUAUGACACGUUACAAGGAGAAGGAGAAGAAGAAGAAGAGGGAGAAGAAGAAGAAAAAAGCCGAUGAAGACGUUGUUAUGAUGUCCUCUUCUUCUUCUCGUUCGGCGGCUCUUCCUUCUAAGCACAGAAGUACGCGCAUUGCUUAUAAACGCAAGAACCCUAAGGUGGUGAUCGCUCCAGUUCGGCGUGGUGGCCGCUUCGGGGAAGGUGAUUUGAAUGCCGUUGCUCUCCCUCUUGGAAUGUCUUUUGCUGCUAUUGUUGCUCAGGUUCUUGAGAGGAAAGAUGUGGCAGGUGAAAAGAUGUCCGUUGAUUAUCUUUCAAAGAUUUGUGCUUUAGCUGUCGGAGAAUCUUUAGCUAAUGUCGUCGGUGAUAAAUUUGAAUUUUUUGCCAGGAACUUUGAGAAAUCAUUUGGGAGUACAUUGAGGACCCUUAGAUUGAUUAAUGAAGCAUCCAUCAACAAGGAAGCAUAUCACUUAAGCCACCUGAAUGUAGAAAGCUGGGCUUCACACUUGACUCUUGAAAAUGGGGUUGAUUGUAGUAGCACUGGCAUCAAGGAUUAUCAAUCAGAAACUGAGUUGCCUUCCAUCUCAGCCCAAAAUCAAGUGCAUGUGGCUGAAGAUGUAGAAGAGAGCGUUCCUUGCUUGAACCAGGAACUUCCCUUGAGUGGACAAUUAAACCAACAGAUUUGUGUUCCAAGUUCAUUAGGUUCUGUAAUCAACCAUUGCAGCACUAUUGAGAAAUUGGUCAUGGAGGAAGCGCGUUCUAAUGACCUGAGGACAUUGGAGAUUGGUCUUACAAUGAAAAAAUUGGAGUUAAAAGAGGCACAGCUGGCUCUUAGCUUUGAUUCAAAUCAUCUUGAAAGAUCAAAAUUAGCAAUGGGCGUGUCAAAGGCAUCCUUUAAAGCUGAAAAAUUCAAGAACCAAGUAGAAGAUACAAAGCAUGCUGAACUGCUUAAGACUUGCAUAGAUUGCCUUGUUGCCGGUUUGUUCCUCAUGUCUGCCUGCCUUUUAUAUGGUGCAUAUGUCUUUUCUUACCAAAGGAUCACUGAUGCUACUGCAUCCUGUAAUCCUUCAGUUGAGGAGUCCAAAUCAUGGUGGUUCCCAAGGCCAUUUUCGUCUUUCAACUCAGGGCUGCAUACUCUCCGGUGUCAUGUUCAGGUUGUAAGCCGAAUGCUGUUUGGCAUGUUAAUAAUUCUGGCAGUUGCUUAUUUGCUUCUUCAACGAUCAGCAAUGUCACGUCAGACGAUGCCAGUAACAUUCAUCCUGUUGCUUUUAGGAGCAGUCUGUGGUUUUGCUGGUAAAUUUUGUGUGGACACAUUGGGAGGAAGUGGAUUGCAUUGGCUACUAUAUUGGGAGACUUUGUGCUUGCUGCACUUCUUCUCAAAUGUCUUUACAUCGACAUUGUUCUAUGUACUUCAUGGGCCUGUCACCAUCUCUGAAGGGAUAAAAUCCAAUGCGAUAUGUCCAUACUGGUUCCGGCGAAUUCUUUUCUAUACUGUAGUGCUCUUGUUUCUGCCACUGAGCUGUGGUCUUUUGCCUUUCGCUGGUCCUGGUGAAUGGAAAGAUCAUUUCUUGAAACUUGCCACCAAUUCUCUCUUUAUUACAGAUGAUUGAGUCCACAGAUUGCAAAACCGAAACGACUUCUUGCUGCAACUGGUUGUCUGUGACUUCUGUAUGUGAUGUGUAUUGUAUGCCAAGCUCCUCGAUAAUUAUGUAGGCAGCUGUUUGUAUAUAUUGAGUCCAUUAACAUAUAAACCAUUUUUGGAGUCUUUCUUUCCAUGGGAAAUUACAAUUUACUACCAUGUGGUUUGACUCAUUUGUCGGAUAGGGUCCUCAAGUUAAAUUUGUAAUAAAAAGGUACCCCGAGGCCAAUUAUGUCAAGAAGCCUGAAAGAGAAUGCAUACCCUUAAUUUAUGCUCUAUGAUUAAUAUAUGCUUUUAAUUUUCUUCUUUUAAAA